AUGAAGGGUCCUCUCUCUAGAUGCAAGAUCUGUGACUUUUCUACUGCGACAAAAAGAAAGGCGAGGAGAAAAAUUGCUGCAUUGCUUGUGGAUGGGACGGAGAUUUUGCCGGAUGAGAUUCUGAUUGUUAUUCUUUCCUAUUUGAGUCUGAAGGAAGCAGUAAGGACCAGUGUCCUCUCACAUAGGUGGAGAUGUUUAUGGCACUUCUCAUCUGGUACGCUUGAGUUUGAUUUUGACCGGUGGGAUGCUAAGAAAGGUGGUACCCAUCAAUUAGAAGCAACUAAGUUUGAAAAUUUGGUUAAUCAAGUUCUCAAAUUGCAUCAGGAUGUUAGAGCUUUGGAAUUCGACUUACCCGGAGUUGAUUAUUUCCCUGACCCGGAAAAGUUGUUGUCAAUUUCGAGAGCAGUGAAGCUUCAGGGUAUUGGUCUUUCCUUAUUAACAUCCUUAAAAUUGUUCAGAAUUCACAUCACAGAAAAGAUGGUUGAAUAUCUCUUAUCCAAUUGUCUAUCUCUUGAACAUUUGGGCCUCAAGUAUAUCCAUAAUAUAAAGAAGCUGAGUAUUGUUGGUCCAUCUUUGAAGUCCUUGAUCAUUGACUGUUGCUGUAAGUUGCAAAAUCUGACCAUCUCUGCUGCAAAUCUUGUGUCUUUUGAGUUUGGGGAUUCAUAUAUUGCAGAAUUGCCCAUUAAAUCUCAGAAUGUUCCUAACCUAUCAGAGCUAACACUUCACGGAUCGUGGACUUCAGCUUUCCUUUUCAGAAGUAACAAGCAUUCAACAUAUUGCUGUCGUGUGGAGAAGCUUGUUGUAUGUGUACCUGGCCUGAUUAUGAUUGAAGUGAGCGAAUUUACAGUUUUUUCCUUUAGAAAACUCCCUCCAUUACGAUGUCUCAAACAGCUGGAGUUGGUAUUGUGCACUGCCGCUUAUCAAAGCCUAUGCUUCUUUGUCUUGCUGACUGAGGCGUGCCCUUUCUUGUCAAGACUUGUAAUUCAGUUCAUCUAUGAUUUGAAAGGGAUAAAAGAGAAUAUGUUCUCUGCUCUGUGUAGUUACGGAAGCAAAGGUCCCCUUACAGCACUCGAUUCGUAUCGCCUUGAACAUCUUAAAGUAGUGAAGUUGAUGUAUUUUUCUUUUUAUAGGACUCAAUUUAAGUUUUUGUUGUCCUUGGUUCAAAUUGCUAACAUGCUUGAAAAGAUAAUUAUUGCUCCUAGCACCGGGUAUAACCGUAAGGAUGGCAGUGCAAAAGCACGAGAAUGCACCAAGCAGCUGAAGCAAAGUUAG